ACUUUAAAUGGCAAAAAAAAGACCGAAAGACGAAACUUUUCAUAUUUAUUUUGUUUUGAAUGAUUAGAUAUCUACUACUGUCUAGAUAGAUCUAGAUAUGUAGAUCUCUUAAUCUCUAGUAGUGUAGAUCUAGACUCUAGACAUUCUAGAUCUAUUAAUAUUAUUAUUAUCAUCUCUAUGAUCCAUAAUUAUUAACUCUAGACAUCUACUCUAGAUAUAGAUCUAGAAUUAGUCUUAAUUAGAUUCUAAUUUCUGUCUAGACUCUAGACCUACUCACUACUGUCACCUGAGGACCUGACCUAGGCGUCCUAGCCUACCUAGAUCUAGGUCCUAGAUAAAUGGCCAGUGAUGUUGCACCAGUCAUCAAGCGCCUUGAUGAAGUUGUAGUAAACAGAAUAGCUGCUGGUGAGGUAAUUCAAAGGCCUGCCAAUGCAUUAAAAGAGAUGAUUGAAAACAGUCUUGAUGCAGGUGCAAGUAAUAUUCAAGUAGUUAUCAAGCAGGGAGGUCUAAAAAUGUUACAAAUUCAAGACAAUGGCUGUGGAAUCAGAAAGGAAGACAUGGACAUAGUUUGUGAACGGUUUACAACCAGUAAACUGCAACAGUUCGAGGAUCUCAACAGUAUAAGCACCUAUGGUUUUAGAGGUGAGGCUCUUGCAUCCAUUAGUCAUGUGGCUCAUGUGACCAUAACUACAAGAACAGUUUCUUCAAAGUGUGCCUACAGAGGUGUUUACUUGGAUGGGAAACUAAAAGAAUCAGUGAAACCUUGUGCUGGAAAUGUUGGUACACAAAUAACUAUAGAAGAUUUAUUCUAUAACAUAUCAACCAGACGUAAAGCUCUGAGAAGUCCUGCAGAAGAAUAUGCCAAAGUAGUAGAUGUAGUUAGCAAAUAUGCUAUUCAUAAUUGUCAAGUUGGGUUUACACUCAAAAAGCAAGGAGAAAGUAUGGCUGAUGUCCGCACACCACCAAAUUCAUCAUAUGUAGAUAACAUUCGAGCAAUAUAUGGGGUUACUGUUAGCAGAGAACUUUUAGAAGUGAAACAUGAAGACAAAAAACUUGGCUUCAAAAUGUUGACUUUCAUUAGCAAUGCCAAUUAUUCAGUUAAAAAGUCAACAUGUUUGUUUUUUAUUAAUAACAGACUUGUUGAAUCUACUGCAUUAAAAAAGGCUUUAGAAACUGUCUACCAAGCUUACUUACCUAAAGGAGCUCACCCCUUUGUUUAUUUAAGUUUAGAUAUCACUCCUCAAAAUGUUGAUGUGAAUGUUCACCCCACAAAACAUGAGGUCCACUUCUUACAUGAAGACUCUAUCAUAGCAGCCAUACAAGCAGAAAUAGAAGCAAAGUUACUGGGUUCCAAUACAUCUAGGACAUUCUUUACACAGGCUAUGUUACCUCUACAAGCCACAGAUGAUUCAAUAGUUAAACAAGAUACCACAGAAGGCACAAAAAUAAUUCGUGCUCAAGAAACAGUAAGAACAGAUAGCAGAGAACAAAAGCUUGAUGUCUUCUUAGAGCCACGUGGACAUAGACAUGGUGGUCCAGAAAACACAGAGCAUGCGAAAAGUGAUGAGGACAGCCAGACUAAAAUGAAGAAAAGGGAAAUUAAAUUAUCAAGUGUCCUGCAGCUCAGACAAGAAAUUAAAGACAAUAAAAGUGAAAGCAUACGUGAAAUAUUGAAGAACUUCUCUUUUGUUGGUUGUGUAAAUCAAAGCCAUGCAUUAAUACAACAUAAUACUCGUCUUUAUUUAGCCAACACAACAACUUUAAGCAAAUAUUUGUUUUAUCAAAUCAUGAUUCAAGAUUUUGGAAACUUUGGAAUCUUUAGGCUAUCUGUUCCUGCAUCAAUAAAAGAACUUAUAUUACUUGCUCUAGACAACCCUUUAUCUGGAUGGUCUCCUGCUGAUGGACCAAAAGAAGAUAUGGCAGAUUAUGUUGUAACAUUUUUAACAUCAAAAGCUGAAAUGCUUCAAGAUUAUUUCAGUAUGGAAAUUGAGAAUGGUAACUUGAUGACUCUGCCCAUGUUGCUGGAGAGUUAUGUCCCUUGUUUGACAGAACUCCCUCUAUACAUGCUUCACCUAGCCACUGAGGUGAAUUGGGACUCUGAAAUUGAAUGUUUUAAAUCUUUCUGUGAACAAACGGCUUACUUUUAUGCCUUUAAAAAAAGCUCAGUGGAAUCUUCAGACGAAAAUGACAGCAAGGGUUUUGGUGUAAACAGUUGCUAUACUUUAAAAGAAAAUGACUCAGAUGAUGAAUCUUUGCCAAAAAAUGCUUGGAAAUGGUCUGUUGAGCAUGUGAUCUAUCCUGCAAUGCGGCAAAUGUUACUUCCACCUAAAUGCACUGAGCAAGACAGAAGUUUUAUACAGUUGGCCAAUUUACCAGACUUAUACAAAGUCUUUGAGCGUUGUUAAAAAUAUUUUUGCUUUUGUUGAAAAUUAUGUAAUUCAAUAAAACUGGUAUAAAACAA